UGCACAGUAUGAUUUAAAACAUAAAAUAAUUACAUAGGAGAUCAAACAAAGGUAGUUAGUUUCUUAGAUAAGGAUUAAAUUUAAUCCCAAUCUAGUAAAAAUACUCUGCCGAGAGAGAGUCCCAUUACUUCCUUUCCCCACUUCGCUGCUAUUUCUCUAAGUCACAGCCCCUUUCUUUUACUUAAUGUAUUCUAAACAUAUAAAUUGUUCUUUAUGAAAACAUCGCGCCCCAAAUCUUUGACUAGUAUCUGUUAUAACUGAAUUAAGAUAAAAUUCAUCUACUGCUAUUCUUUGAAUAAGGAAAUGAGACACUUGUGGUAACCCCUGUUUAGUAAAACACUACUUGGACAGCUGAAUAGACAGAUUUAGAGUAAAGUGAAACUGGCUGCUGAUUGCAUGAAAAAAGAACUAAUUAUAUCCAAGACACAAACGGUUUUGGCUGCUCCGCAGGUGACUGCGAUUGCAGUGCGAUGCGCAUCCAAGAAGAGCGGAGGCAGCUCAAAAAAUCUCGGUGGCCGCAGCCCCGGGAAACGCUAUGGCUAUAAGAAAACAGAGGGCGCCUUUGUUCAUGCAGGCAACACAUUAGCCACCCAACGGAUAAUACGCUGGCAUCCAGGGGCUCAUGUGGGGAUAGGUUGUAACAAGACUCUCUAUGCUCUGGAAGAUGGGAUUGUGCGAUUCACCAAGGAGGUCUAUGUGCCACCACCGCGCAGCCAAGAGAGCAAGGAAGUGAUCUGCCGUCUCCCAAAAGGGGUGGUGCUCUACAAAACCUUCAUCAACGUUGUCCCCACCAAAGAAGUGGGGAGCUUCAAGCUAGUCACCAUGCUCUGAGGCUCUGCUGCCUCCCGCAGUAAUGACUGGCAGGGUGGGACUGAUCACCGUGACAAACCUGACACUCAAUCAAAAAGACGUCUGGAGGACUCCUCUAGGUCUGAAAUGACUUGUUGGCAACUCCAGUUUCCUGCUUCUAGAACUCAUUGGGUGUAGAUUUGAGAGUUACAAGGUAAUCUGGACUGCCCUGAAGUUCUUUGGAGAAAUAUAUAUCGAAUAGAUGUUCUAACAGUGUGAGGGUGUCUAAGGAAUAAAUGUAAAACAAAAAGGGCUCAGUAAAGCUGCCUUUCCCGUCUGGACAGCUGUGCUCCAAUCCAGCCAGAUAUACUGCAAUUUCUGCACAGGAAUUCUCCAGUUCUAGGAACAGCCAUUUUGAUUCUCAGCAUUUCUUGGAAUGGCUCCUAACUGCACCUGAUGUACACUGGGGACUCUGAAAAGGGAAUGAGGUGUGGGGGAGGGAGGCAGUCCAAGAGGGGGAACCUGAGUUCUAAUCCCAGCUUUGGCACCAACUCACGCUGUAGCACUGGGCCUCAACUUCUGCCUCAGUUUCCCCAUUGGCAAAACCGGGAUAACGACCACCACACCUUCAAACAUGAACUCUCAUAACAUGUGUGUGAAGUAGGAAAGCAGCUGUUCUCAUGGGACAUGGGGAAACUGAGGCACAAGAUUGCUGAAGGCUCCGGCGUCAGGAUCAUUACUUAGGAGUUACUGAGUCAGCACACACCAAGAGGCAUCAUCAUUUGACUAACUAGAAUCAUUGUUUCUAAUAGGCGGGAGCUAAUUGCGGUGGGGAUCAGAGGCUGUACUGAAUCCCUGUUGUCACUUCCCCCUCCUUUUAAUGAAAGAGUUUGCAGCAUAUUGGUAACAGUUAUAAGCCUUCAUGCAAGGAGUUACUGCAGUUUAUUGGCAUGAACAAGUACCAGAAGGAGCUGUCUCCACUGUCUGUGCUUAUCAGCCGAGGGGAAAGUCCAGGGAGACAUAAACAACCAGCUCUGCUCACAUGGUGAACUCUGGUUGUACUGUGUGAAGCCAGCAUCUUUGCCAGAAGUUUUGUUGUAAAACUCCUGUGUGCUUAGGUAGAAGAGGGAACUCCAGGAGCUCCCUGCCCAAAAGACAGCUUCAGAGAAUGAGAAUAAAAUGGCUUUCUGACUUAGUUCUAAAGCUAUUGCAUGAUUAUGUCCAGUCCUGCCAUGAUGAGCAUAUUCAAAAGAGAAACUGCCACAUUGUGGCCAAAAAUAAAACCCUGCGGUCAGUAGAAAUAUUUUCAUGACUUUCUAAAGUUUCAAAAUCCAGACAAACUGCUUUGGAAUGAAUCCCUCCUGUGUUUGUAAUGCUCAUACUACAGCAUUGCGCAAGGGCAGAGGAGCUAGUUAAGAAAAGGCCAGAUGACUUCUACUAUUAAAACCAAACAUUUUAGAAGGUAUUAAACUUCUGUUCCUAUAAUUUCUGGCAUAGUGUGCCUUUAAAAAAAUCCUUAUCCCGGCCUCCUGCCUCUUUAGAUUAGUAAACUUCAAAUCAUUUUUUUAGGGAGUCACUUU